AUGCCAAACAGCGAGCACACCAUCUCGCUUACCCUGCUUGAGGGUACCUUCUCGCUCUAUAGCGUCAUUAUCACAGUAGUCGUUGGCAGAGCUGGUGAUCAAAUUAAUUCCAGCGCGCUCUCUCUGGGGGUCGACGGCCUGACUACAGGUCUGACCCUUGACCCCGUCGGCGAGUGGUAUGAUGCUGGAAACUAUACCGACCAUUGCUCGGGCAGCUCAUCGGACGUCGGCUGCCUGCACCCGGGGCCACGCCUCACGACAAACACAACAGGAGCUGGGUUGGGUUUCAGUCUGAAACCCGGCACCUCCGUCGUCCAGCUCAUUGGCAGGGUCGGAAACCUCUCGGGUGGAUACAUGGUUAUCGUCUCGUCGAAGUAUUCGCCGACCAAAAAGACGACCCUCAAUGCAUGGAACCCCUUCAGUGCCAUGCAGGACGACGUUCUCUACUCGUCUGUGCUAGACUCGACAAUGGCCCAUGGCCUGUCAAUAAUAUUUCUGGGUGGUCUGCAAAAUGCGACCUUUGAGCUGUGGGGCUUCAUCCUGGUCACCACCAUCCCCAACAACGCAACAACGGAUAUCACGUCGAGCGUCACAACGGACGGCUACUAUUCAGGGGGCAACAAUGGCACUGGCCAACAGAACGGAAAGACUACAGGAAGGCUCUCUCUCGCCCCCAUCGUCGGCAGAGUCAUAGGCGCUCUUGUCGCAAUCGGCCUCAUAGUCUUGACCAUUUGGUUCUUCCGCCGUCGCGAGCGCAGGAUUACGAACCUUCUCCAGGAGUUUGGAGUAAACAACGGCAACCGCCUGAACAUGGUCGAGGGGGAAGAAGCGCAUGACAACUCGCAGACGGCCCAACACUCUGCCGCGGUGCUGUCAUCGCCUCCUGGAGUGCAACAUCAAGAGGCCCACAUUACGCCGUACCUCCCCACCGACCGAACCGUCCGCCAGCGCACCCAACACGCGCGGCACUCGUCUGGUAGCAAGACAAACCAAUCCGAAUUGCGACUGGCACACCACUCGCACGACGCCGAGACUGUCGAGGUUAGGCUCCAGCGGUCCGUGCCCUAG